AUGUCUUCUCGCAGGCUGCGGAUCGCGUUCAUACACCCGGACCUUGGCAUCGGCGGCGCAGAGCGCCUCGUAGUCGACGCUGCACUAGGUCUCCAGAAGUUGGGACACAGUGUCGACAUCUUUACCUCCCAUCAUGACCGGGGUCAUUGUUUUGAGGAGACUCGCGACGGAACUCUUCGUGUGCACCUCGUUUCCUCGCCAUUCCCCCGUGCAAUCAAGGGCAAGCUACACGUCCUGUUCUCGCAUGCUCGUCAACUGCACCUCACACGCUAUCUUCUGAGCUCGUCUAUGCCCUCCUUUGAUGUGUACUUUGUGGACCUGCUGCCGACAUGCAUACCAUUCCUGCGACUCGGCGCCCACACGCGCGUGUUGUACUACUGUCACUUCCCAGACAAGUUAAUGUCCGGUGGUGCAUACGUGGAAGGCGCGAGGCCCAAAGGAAGUCUCCUGAAGCGUAUAUACAGACUUCCUAUGGAUGCUGUGGAGGAAAUCGCGACUAGACAGGCCGACACCAUUCUCGUGAACUCGAAUUUCACGAAGGGUGUAUUCAAGAGGCAUUUCCCCUCCGUUCAAGCAACACCCCGCGUUGUAUACCCUGGUAUCAACCUUGACACCUAUAAGCCCGUAGACGUAAACCUAGGCGAUGCUGACAUCACAAGCAUACUGUCGGAUCGGCCGACUCUGUUGUCAGUCAAUAGGUUUGAGAGCAAGAAGAACGCAGCGCUUGCCAUAGACUCGUUCGCCCUGCUCAGACGGAAGCUUUCUCGUGACAAUGCUCCUUCACGGAAAACUCGGUUAGUUCUUGCGGGUGGAUAUGACCCACGUCUCAUGGACAACGUGAAAACGCUCCAAUCGUUACUAGACGGCGCGAAAGCUCAUGGCCUGACUUACGCCAUCACAACCCCCUCCAAUUCCACAGUCGCUCUUCCCUCGCUACCAUCGACCUCUGAAGCUGAGGUCGCGGACAUCGUCUUCCUACUCAACUUCUCGACUGCGCAGCGCUCCGCGCUGUUAACGUCCCCGUCAACGCUCGCUCUCCUCUACACACCCACCAACGAGCACUUCGGCAUCGGGCCCGUCGAAGGCAUGGUGUGUGGUCUUCCCGUCCUGGCGUGUAACAGCGGUGGCCCGACUGAGAGUGUAGUCGACGAGCCCGCGAGCGAGCGAACAGGAUGGCUCCGACCCCCGAAGCCCGAGGUCUGGGCCGAGGCCCUAGUGGAGAUCGUGGAUUUACCCGCGGCAGGCAGAGCGCAGCUGGCAGAACGCGCCAAGAGGCGGGCGAGGGAGAAGUUUGGGAUGGAAGCUAUGGCGCGGGAUAUGGAACAAGCCCUGCAGGAGACGUUUGCGAUGGGGCGUGUCCCGACGCCCCUUGCUAUCUGGUUCGCUCUGGCACUGCUGUUUGUGGUGGCGGCUUACGCUGUGAGGUUGGUUUUGUGA